UGUCAUUUGAUGGGUCCGAAAGAGUUCAAUCAAAACCUGAAGGAACUGUUUAGACAUACGAGUCAUGACAAGGAUUUGCAUGAUGCAUUUUUGUACUACGGUGAGGAAAAACAUCUAGGACUUUGGUUUUCCUUCAUGUAUUUGGUGCAAAACUGACUGUAAACACCUCUUCAACCUCUCUGAGAGAUUACAUGUAAUGAGGUGUUUCUAGCAGGGCUGAACUGACAAAAACAGCCUGCUGAAGACUCAAGAAACUCCAGCUUACAGGAGCUCACUAAAACCACUGGAAUUUUACUCCGGAGUUAUUCAGCAUUAGCCAAAUUCAGGUGUUCACCUUGAAUGGGACAAUUUCACUCUUAACGAACUCUUCUAAAUGCAUAAUCCGAGCUGAAGAACUGGAAUGGCGUGUAUCUGUGAAGGUCAAUAAAUCUGACAUUCACAGCGCCGUCUUGGCAAGCCGGGCUGCGGAUCUAUUUUUCAAAUUACUUGUCUUGUGUAGAUGAGGCUUAAGAAUUCAGCUCAUGGCAUUUGACUCAGCCUGGCAUUUAAAGGCGAUGUAAAAUCUGGAAUAAUCAGGACUGUUAAUGAGCGCUGUGAAUAAUGUAGUUGGACCGUAUAGAUGGUGACAUUCAAGUGCAAAGUAGCGAGUCCCGCAGGGGCCCGGACGCUUGCCGGCGUGUUUAACGGAUGGGGCCUGGGCUUGCCGGAGGACACGAAAUACCCCAGACGCCAGCGUGCACUAACUGAUGUGGUAAAACAGCAGAUUUUCCAGCAGACUUCCGAUCGGCCAGGUGAUGGAAUAGAUGAUGUCGGAAGUACAGGGCACUGUGGAGUUCUCGCUGGAGCUGCACAAGUUUCACAAUGUGGAUCUCUUCCAGAGAGGCUUCUAUCAGGUGAGGGCAGGGCUGCGUGUGUCUUCUCGGGUUCCCCACAGAAUCACUGCCACAACACCUGGAUACACAGGCGAGUGCAGUUUCAGCAGUGCAGGGGUUCAUGAUGGUGGUGUCUUCAGUCGGAUCUUUCAGAUCCUGUACAGGAAUGAGGAGGUGACCCUGGAGGACCGCAUGAACUUCAGAGUGCACCUGCUGCUGGACGGGGAGAGGGUGGAGGAAGCUGUGAGCGAGGUGGACUUCCAGCUCAAACUAGAUCUGCACUUCACUGACAAUGAACAGCAGUUGGCGGAUAUCUCUUCAGUGCCUCUGAUUAGCAGCAGGACAUUGGGUUUGCACUUCCAUCCACACCAAGGCCUACACCAUCACCUGCCCGUCAUGUUUGACUAUUUCCACCUGUCCGUCAUCUCCGCCUCAAUCCACGCCUCCCUGGUGGCACUGCACCAACCACUGAUCAGUUUCGCGCGCAGCGGUAAGGGGGCGUGGCUGGGUAAAGGCUCUCCAGAGAGUGAAGCUCCGCCCUCUGCAAUGUCAGUGGAGAAUCUGAUGUUUGGGGCGGGAUAUUGCAAACCUGUGCCAACAGAGGGCAGUUUUUACGUGCCGUCGGAGAACUGUCUGCAGAGAGCUUACACGUGGCACCGGCGCAUCUGUAAACUCUUGCUGACGGCUCACAGAGCUCUGCGCUCCUAUUACACGGCGCUAAUGAAGGAGAUCCCUCAACUGCAACACAUAGAGAUGGAGGACCUUCCUCUUGAAGAAACAUUAAACCAGCUCACCAUUGAACUGCAGUUGCAGAGCGGUCAUGAGAAGGUAGCAGAACAGAUCAGUAAAGAACUGAUGCAGCUCUGUGCUCAGCUGGCUGCUCUUUGGACACAGUUUUUGGAAGCCACGGUUCCUAAUCCACAUAUCCGCUCAUAUCUGGCCCAGGAGCACCACACACUCAGGGUCAGGAGAUUUUCUGAAGCAUAUUUCUUCACUGAACAUCCCAAAGAGUCCUCACUCACAUUUCAGGAGGCACUUAUCAACAGACACGCACAGGUGGCCACAGAGAUGCGCAACUCUGAUUACCUGCUCCGAAUGCCUCCACUUCCUGUGGAAUGCCUGGACAUCGACGGAGACUGGAGCAGCCUGCCAAUCAUCUUCGAGGACAGAUACGUUGACACGCCCUGUUUAGACUACAACCUCCAUGUGGAAAAUCAGACUUCAGUCUUAAACUCUCAGCCAUGUCCUGAGCCAACGAGGAUGAAAGAUCAAACCAUCAUUCCAGUUGAGGGAACACAGGACACCAAUUCACCAGCAACACCCCCUGAUGAACCUCCCUGUGAAGAUUACAUGGACUUGCCCACAUACAUGGCCCUGAUUGGCCGGCAGGAGGAUUGCAUCACUGACUAUAAAGAGACCAGAGCUCAAGCAGAGACUCUGAUUGGCCAUGUGGGAGAGACUGAUAUUGAUAAAAGCGAAUGUAUCACAACCUCAGAUUCAAGAAUUGAUUCUGUUGAUAAGGCCAGAUGCCAGUAUGAAACUGAGGAAGGAUUCGAUGUUGAUUGUAGGUCUGUAGACAGCGAUGAAGCAAUAGAUACAGGUAACCUUGAGAAAGCUAGUUGCCAAAAAGAAACAGUUGACUUUGUUGAAUCUGAUCAUGCGGGUCUAAAACAAACAAAUGUUCCCAAAAGUACUGAUUUUAGUAGCGGACAGACUUUGCUGCUUGUUCCGACGGAUGCUGCAGAACUUCCCGACUUCACCAGCCUUGACAGCUUUGAGUUCUUGCCCACUCAUAACCAUGACAACCAUCUUGAAACCCCAGGCAAUACAGGGAGUCUUGGCAACGACCAGCCACAGUCGGUAUUAGAUAACAGAUACACUGAAGCACCUGCAAAGGAUUAUGGGAACAAGGAUACAUCACCAGCUAAUCUACUGAACACCAACUCAAUGGGAACCGACACUUUAGCCACGUCCCCUUCUCGUAAUGUUAUACAACAGAUCCGUCGCUUGUCCGAAACCCCGCCCAAGGGCAUAUUCUUGGGCGGGGCUAAACGAAUGAACCGCUCCUCCUCUGUUAUCUCGGAUUCUGGUAUUGAGAGUGAGCCAAGCUCCGUGGCCUGGACCCUGGAGGGUCGAGGAAUUGUUGGAGGGGGUCGUGACGUCUUGCAGAACUUGGCGCGUCGUCAGCCGGCGCAUCAGAGCUCUUUGGAGGGCCUACAGACAGAAAGUCACGGCAGCCUGCCCAGUGCCACGCAGGCCUCUCUGACCUCCAUAAGCUCCCUGCCUUAUGAAGAGGAGGAGGAGAGGCAGCUCAAUACUUUGACCAAAUCCGCCUCAGCGCCACAGAUCAGCAGUCCUGACGACACAGAGGAAGAUCAUGAAAUACCCAAUCAGGAGAAGAGGAAUGUUUGUGAGGCCAAUCGGCUGAGUGAGGAAGCAGCCAAAGAAAUGAAGCAGAAACUUCAAGGAGUUACUAGAGAGGAUAGAGAGGAAACAACCAAUCAGGAGAAGAGGAAUGUUUGUGCAGCCAAUCAGCUAAGGCAGAGGGAGGAAGGAGUCAAUGAGGUGAAGCAGAAUCUUCAAAGCGUUACUAAGGAGGACAGAAACGAAACAACCAAUCACGAGAUCGACGUGGAUGAAUUGUCCAAUCAGGAAACAGCAGAUCUUGAAUUAGAUAAUCCAGUAAUGUUACUAUACCAGCAAUUUGGGACGCACAAUGGUGUUGAAAACGCCACAGUGGAGGAACCGACUGAAAACUCAGAGGAAAGUCAAGCAAACAUAUUAAUUGAAGAGUAUUCUGCUCUAAAUGAUGACAACACAAAGAUCUGUAGCUGUGAAAAUAAAUAUUGCGAACACAAGGGGGUGCUAGAAUCAAACACAUAUCAAAAGGACCCCGAUGACAUCAGUGUCUGUCACAUUCAUUUGAAUGAAUUUGAAGAAGUAAGUAUGGAGAACCUUCCAGAUCCACCAAUCAAUGCCAAGAGCAGUUACAAAAUUGCUGUCAAUGAGAAAGAAAUGCCUGCUGAUCUCAUCAAGCUUCCGGCCAAUGAGAGAGAGCAGCAGGCGCUAGAGGGGCAGAGCAGAGCCAGUAAAGUGCCAAGUACAGGUCUGGCAUUCGUGAAUAAAAAGGUGGUGGAGGUAGUCAACCUGUCGGUGUCAUGUGCUCCCACAUGUCUGCCCUUCUCGUCUGUGCUACGUGAUUCGCCAUCGGUUAGCGGAAUCUCCACGCGCCAGGCCACUUCCCCCAUUACCCAUCAACCCCUAGGCUCAUUUGGGAUCAUUUCCUCCAACUCCUCCUUCGGCGCUGAUCAGGAAAUCAACGAGAGAAUGAUUAACUUCUAUAAGGCAAAAGAAGCCAUGCUGAGGGAGCUGGUGUUCAGAGGCACUCUCUACAGUGACCUGCCUUACCUCGCCUCUGAACACCCAUACUUCCCUCCUGAGGAAGACGACACUGAGUUUGAGGAUGGGAUCCACCUCGUGGUGUGUGUCCAUGGACUUGAUGGUAACAGCGCAGAUCUGCGGUUGGUCAAGACGUUUAUAGAGCUCGGGCUGCCUGGAUCUAGACUGGACUUCCUCAUGUCAGAACGCAACCAGACGGACACCUUUGCAGAUUUUGACACCAUGACUGACAGACUUCUGGACGAGAUAAUUCAGCACAUCCAACUGUAUAACCUCACCAUCCACCGAAUCAGUUUUAUCGGACACUCUUUGGGGAACGUUAUCAUUCGCUCUGUGCUGACCCGACCCAGAUUUCGCUGUUACCUCUGUAAACUCCACACCUUCCUGUCCCUGUCUGGACCCCACCUGGGAACACUGUACAGCAACAGCACGCUGGUCAGCACAGGUCUGUGGCUAAUGCAGAAACUGAAGAAGUCUGGUUCCCUACUGCAGCUUACGUUCAGGGACCACACCGACCCGCGACAGACCUUCCUCUACACACUCAGCAAGAAACCAGGUCUGCAGUUCUUCAGGAACGUGGUGUUGGUGGCCUCUCCACAGGACCGAUAUGUGCCCUUCCACUCGGCCCGCAUUGAGAUGUGUCGGACUGCGCUUAAAGACAGAACCACAGGUCCAGUAUAUACAGAGAUGAUCAAUAACUUACUCCAGCCAUUGCUGAGCGCUCCAAAUUGUCGUUUGAUCAGGCAGAACGUGUUCCAUGCAUUACCGAACACGGCCAACACGCUGAUCGGACGCGCAGCUCACAUCGCGGUGCUUGACUCUGAACUCUUCCUGGAGAAGUUCCUUCUGGUGGCCGGGCUCAACUACUUCAAAUAGCCAUGCUUUCGAGAUGACAUCAUGCCUUGAGUUGAGUGGGAGAGCCAAUCAGAUUACACGUCACGUCAGCCAAUCACACUUCAUUUCAGAGUCUUAAUGAGCUCUGGAAUUUUUUUUUCAGUCUUUGGACGCAAAGAAAAAACUGAAAUGAAAGAUUCAGACGGUGAAUCUGAAUUCAUAUAUGUAAAGUCUGUACAGGAAGAACAUUGUAUACUAAGCAAAUAGAGGAAAAUAACAGCUGGAGGCCUACACACACCUUAACGAAGCUUUAUGACGUAGUAACGUAACACUGAAAAAUCCUAACUGGAGAGUUAAUUAUGUGAAUGUCAAUUCGGUGUGUAGCUGGUCUUGUAAAAACCGCCUUGGUUCUUCAUUCCCUCCAGUCACCGAACAUAUAUUUGCUGCGCCGUUCGUAACUUGAAGAGGUCAAUAUCACUGGGCUUUAUACUUGAAGAGUAAAUUCAGUCAUUGGCGUUUGAGUUUUUCGUUACGAGAACGCCCUCAGUGUUUUCAUGUCUCUUUUUACUGAGUCAUUCUUUUAUAGUUUGUGUGUUUCGACUGUGUUAUGUUGUGAAGCGCGAGUCUCACUGUGAAAUAAGCCAAAUCCAUUGGGUUUUAUGUGUUGUGAUGGAAUACAUUCUGUCGGUUUCCCCUGUAACCGUGUUCAUUGGGUGCGCAGAGAACAUGUUCUGAAUGUGUUUACCAUUCCAGCCUUAACUAUCAAAAAAGUGAGCAUUUCUAAGCAUCUUCGAUCUAUCAUUUCAAUGUUACGUUCAUUCAUUUUAAACGGUUAGUUUAAUCAUUUACAUCAUUUACUCACCCACCAUGUUGCUCCAAACCUGUGCUCUUCUUUCUUUCAUGGAACACAAAGGAGUGUAGCUCCAAAGGUGACAAUAAUAUGAUCAAAUCAGUCAUGUGAAGCUGAUUUUAAAAUGAUACAUUCAAGUAAGACUGCUGUUUAAAUGAGCAUCCAUGGCUGUCAUUCAGCAUGACUACAUAUUCAGGAUCGGAUGGGCUCAAAUAAAUGGAAAAGAGGUUUUGCCAUCACAUUGACUAGAAAAUGUAUUUCCUUAUGUUGUUCUUUCGUAAAAUACUCUUCUGAACACUAAGAGAACACGUUCAUGCUCUACUUACAGUGUUUGAAGGGCAGCAAGGCUCGAUACUUGAAUUUGCAACCAGUCUUUUUUCUUGCAUUCUGAAAUGUGGUCGUUUCUUUUCUUCCUUUUUUACACUGCAAAAGGAGCACAUCAUUUGAUUUCAUGCACAUACAACAGACAAUAUGUUUGUAAGAAAAGGCUUUGAUUGUAUAGAAAGAUUUAAAGCAGAUCAUAUAUACAGAACUCCACUGAGGUGAAGUCAAAAACCUACAGUGAAACAACCGUUCAGUAGUUUGGGGCUGGUAAGAUUUUUCUUUUUCUUUUGUUUAUGAAAGAAAACUUGUCUGCACGCCAGGGCUGCAUUUAUUUGAUCAAAAAUACAGUAAAACAGUAAUGUGGUGAAAUAUUAUUACUAUUUAAAAUAACUGUUUUCGGUCCCACUUUAUGUUAAGUGGCCUUACUAUGUAGUUACAUCAACAAAUAAGUACAAUGUACUUAUUGUGUUCAUAUUGUAUUGCAAAACACUUUUGC